ACAAGUCUUUUGUCUCUGGAUAGUCCCUACCCAUUUCAACUGCUGUGGGUUAGCUCACCUGACCACUCUGUUGCUGUGCUCACAGAAAACCUCCCCAUAAAGUAAACACGUUAUAACAGAGACAACUACGAACAAACAAUAGGAGUUAUUCAAGCUUUAUGGUCUUGUUGGAGAGCGAGGCUUCCUGUGACGCAGCGAGCAGUGCGGGGAAUGGACGGUUGAUUUGUCUCUCUUGAAGUUUGCUCAUCUUGUGGGUCUGGAUUUCUGCUCUCGUGUUUCCUGUCAGAGCAGCAGAGAGCUCAGCAUAGGGAGGGGCGGCCGUGCCCUCUCCAGCUCUCUGGGUCCUGGCCCCAGACACCACCCUGUGGAGCUGCAGUCCCAUCCCCUCCAGGGUGAUGGCUCCUUGGCCCAAUCCUGCCUUGGUCUCCUUCUGGCUCCUGUCUCUCUGCUCUAUCACCCUGGCUGGGGUUCACCAUAUCUCCUAUCUCCAGCUCAUCUCCCCUCAGGUGGCCUCUGGUCUGCCUAAGCGACUGCAAGUGAUGAGGGUGAAUGACCUGGUGCUCUCAGUCUAUGACAGCAACACGCGCAGGCAAGCUCCCCGCAAUGGGUACAGCCCAGGGAACCAGGAAAGCCAGCAGUUCUGGAAUGCACGCAGGGCUGGGUGCCUGGCCUGGGACUUCUGGGUGGAGACUGAGUACCAGGGCCUGGUGCGGGAGAUGAACGCCAGCGCCCCAAAGGCGGAGCCCUACUACAUGCAGGUCUUGAAGACCUGUGAGCUGGACGAUGCCACCGGUGCUGUCCGAGCUGUCACCAGAUAUUCCCUCAAUGGGGAGGACAUGCUGCAGCAUCAGACCGACCAGAACCGCUGGUUUUCGGUGCACCCGGCAGCCUGGCAAGUGGCGGAGCGCUGGAACCGUGAAGGAGAGACUUCUGCUGUGCUGAACCACCUCCCACUGCAGCAAUGCAGGUUCUGGAUGGAGAGGUCUGUGCCAUUCACCACUCAGAAGACAGCCCAGCCCUCAGUGCAUGUGGCCUUCGUCUCAGGGACCCAGGACCGGCUGCGCCGCCUCAUCUGCCACGUGACGGGGUUCUAUCCCCGUGACAUCGAGGUGACCUGGGAGCGGGGGGGUCAGGUGGCCCUGGGGGAGCAGCUGACCAGCGGGAUCCGGCCAAAUGGGGACCCCACCUUCCAGAUCCAGGUGUCCAUCGAGCUGGGGCAGGAGGCGGUCGGCCCUGCAGAGCAUGUGUGUGUGGUGAGACACAGCAGCCUGGGGGAUACCCCUCUGAGGGUGACCUUGGAUUCCCAGGCCACAGGCCAACCUGGUAUCCUGGUGAUUGUUCCUGUCUGCAUCCUUGCGGUGCUGGGAAUCGGGGCCCUGGGCUGGUACCUAAGGAGGAGGCCAGGGGCCCAGAAGGGGCCGUAUCAUCCGGCACAGACACAGCCAGAGACAGUCAACUCUGCUCCAGCCACCACUAAGCCAGCAGGAGCCUCCUCGUCCACAGCACCUUCUCUCCUGGAUGCCACUGAGUGACCAGACAUGGAGACAGCUGGGUAAUGGCCAUCACCACAGACUGGAGCCACAUGGACCAUCCCUGGCAAAGGGGAGGUGCAGGGGAUGGGGGGUAAUGGAUAAGGCCAAAAUCCCUGAGGUACAGGGUGGGGUGUGUGACGUUGCACUCCAUAUGUUUUAUGGAAAUAUGCUUAUGACUGUGAAUAUGAUGUAAAUGGAAUAUGCUUUAUGCAAAUGGUCCCUUGUAUGGUGUCCUUAGGAAGCUUGUAAUCUACUAAGUGUGUUCAUCAUAUUUGUUUGCAUGUAUUAUUUCUAUAUGUGGAGUUAGGAGAAUAAGAUAUAAACUUGUAUCACUGUUGUAGUCACACCAGUGAGCGCUGUCAAUGGGGCAUUAGGAACUUGAUGGCUCCCAUUGAGUAGGACAAUUAGUUGUAAAUGGUUUAUUUAUCUGCAAGCAUUCCUGUGUCUGUGUUGGCCAACCCAGGAAGAAUGGAAACUAGGGGUCUUACAGUGACAUAUGACCAUGUCACAUGAUACUGGAAUCCAGCUUAGCCCUUGUACUUUUCCACUGUUGAGGCGGGGGUGGGGACCAAGCACAGACAAAAGAUUCCCGCCUUGUUCUAAAGCUAUAAAAGGGUGUGUGUAGAGGGGUAGUCACCCCACUCCGGCCCUGUAGAGGUUAAACCAGCCCGGGGAAAGGGCUGACACUGCGAGAGGGCUGCUGCUGGGGUAAGCAGCAAGCCUGAGCUGAAAGGGGAAACAGCCACAGCUGGGGCCAUGCCCCAGUCAGGGCCCAGCUGGUCCUUAUAAGAGUGCAGUGGGCCAGGAGCUCCGACAAAGAGUCUCUCUCUCUCUCAGGCCAUAGAGAGAGAAGGACCUGGCUGCUGGGAGCUGAACGGAGUACCUAAAGUGGAGCAGGGCUGGGGGAAGGCUAGAAGAACUGUGGGAGCUCCAGCCUGGAAACCCCCCCCAGGCUGUAGGCCUUGUUAAAGGCAGGAAAGGGUACUGGGGUUGCAGAGGGGCAGCCCAAGGAUAGGCAGAGGCAGCAGGUCCAAACCCCCCUUGUGGGUGAUGAGUGGCACUUACACUGCAGUUUGCCCCAGGGAACGGGGGCUAGGUGAUGACUGGCAGUGGCGAUGGACUGAGGCGAGGGAUAGAGGGUGGGGUUUCCUGGGGUGGGGAGUCCCAGAUUGGGGGGUUGCUGCGGUGGGCAGAACCCCUGAGUAAAGGGCACCGAGGUCUGGGAGGGACAUGGAGACCAGCGGCAAGCAGGACAUCGGCCAGCAGAGGGCGCUCUGGAGCUGGAAAAGCUAAUUUCCUGGACAACCAGCAGGAACCGCUGCACCAGUGAGUCGCCGCAUCACUAUAGGGUGGAACAGGAGAAAGGGGGCUGCCAGUCAAUAGAAAACCCCUGCUUACCACCUGAGAUGUGUGCUGGAUCUAACAAAGACUCUACCGGGGAAAGGACUAGGCCCAGACUAGGAAGGACUCUAGUCUGUGAAAGAAGCUUAUUGGAACAUCUCUGAGGGUGAGAUAUUAACUGUAAUCAGUUUCUUAAUAUAGUGGACUUGCUUUUGCUUUGUGACUCACUUUGUUCUGUUAUUACUUGAAACUUAAAUCCUACUUUUUAUACUUAAUAAAAUCACUUUAGUUUAUCAAUAAA